GCAGGAGGGGAAUUGAUGGCCACACUCUCCCUUCCCCUCUUAUCUCUUCUUACCCCCUUCUCCUUCCCAGCUUUGCUUUUUAAUUCUCUCUGUAUUUUAUUUUCCAGAUAUUAUUUAAUUUAAUUAAUUACUUAUUUUAUAAAUAAAUCAUCCUACUAUAUAUUGUUAAUAUAUUAUAUAUAUUAUUGUUUUCGAAGAAUAUAUAUUAUAUCAUAUAUAUAUAUAUAUAUAAUUCUUUACUAUUUGUUUUACUAUAUAUAAGUUCAAAACAAAGGAUAUUAUCUUAGUGAUGGCCAUGUAGAUCAUAUCGGCCAUCUAAAGAUUUCAGACAACCCCCUCUUAGUGGAAAACCUUAAUUACUCCAAAAAACACCCCCAACAAAAAGAGAAAAGGACUCUUGAAGAAAUAAAAAGAAAACACCAAGUAUGGAAUUCGAUGAGCAUGAAGAACAAGAGGAGGAAAUGGAGGAGAUGCCGCCGGUGCAGCUCCCGACGCAGGGCGGUUACGCCGACCCUCUUGGCCGCUCGGGUGGAGAGGAAGGUGGCGGUUCCGCCGCCCGCAAGCCGGGCGGGGCCGUGCGGUACAGGGAGUGCCUCAAGAACCACGCUGUCGGGAUCGGGGCCAGCGCCGUGGACGGUUGCGGGGAGUUCAUGGCCGCAGGCGAGGAGGGCAGCCUGGAUGCGCUGCGGUGCGCGGCCUGCGGCUGCCACCGCAACUUCCACCGCAAGGAGGCGGAAUCCUCCGGGGGAGGGGGAGGAGGAGGGGGCGGGGGCGGGGGCGGGGGAAGGGUCGUGUACCACCACGGCCACCCUCAUCACCUGCUCCACCACCAGUUUUCUCCAUACUACAGGGCGGCGUCAACGCCGGCGGGGUACCUGCACCUGACGGCGCCGUGGCAUCAGCAGCAGCAGAGGCCGCUGGCGCUGCCGUCGACGUCGAGGGAUGAUCUGGAGGACGUAUCGAACCCGAGCAGCAGCGGCGGGGGAGGGAGCGGAGGAGGAGGCGGGGCGGGGCUGAUGAUGAGGAAGCGGUUCAGGACAAAGUUCACGCCGGAGCAGAAGGAGAGGAUGCUGGGGUUCGCGGAGAGGCUUGGGUGGAGGAUUCAGAAGCACGACGAGGCGGCGGUGGAACAGUUCUGCUCGGAGACCGGCGUCCGGCGACAGGUCCUCAAAGUCUGGAUGCACAACAACAAGCACGCUCAUGGUAAGAAACCCUAUCUAUAAAGCUUAGCUAGCUAAUAGCUAAUGAAUUCCUCCCCCCCAACCCAAAAUGCCCGACAUCUCCUCCCAAAAAAAAAAAAACAGAGAGAGAGUGAUGAGCUAGGAUGAGGAGAUCAGGAUCAAAUUAAAUUAAUUACUUAAUUGAUUAGAUGACAUUGUCACCAACUGAUCCAUCGAAGCUUUUGUUUGUUUGUCAGUCUCCAGAGAAGCUAAGGGUGCUUAGUUUUUAGUUUAGUCAUCAAUGAGUUAAUCACUUAAUUUAGGGUUCAUCUUUUAAUUUUGUCUAUGUUUAAUUAAGAACAUUUUCCAUCUUCUUCAUCUUCUUCUUCAUCUUACCUGAUGAUCAGCUUUUGUGCCCAUAUAAUUAAAGUCUAUCAUCAGUCUCUGGUUAA